UUUUUUUUAAAAAAAAAAGAAAAAGAAAAGGACAAUAGAUAUAAAUACAUAUUCAUAAUGAUUGAGGAAUAGUUCAAAUGAAUGGCGCAACGCAAGAUCUACAUCACCAUCUAAUUCAGAUUAUCCUAUUUCAAAACGUACUACAAGUCCUGAUAACGGAACAGAAGGCACAUCACGCAAGUUCAAUCGUCGACCUUUAACCUCUGGACAAUCUGUCGCUGCCCUUCAACAACAUCAUCAAUGGCUUGUGCAACAACAGGAAGCUGGCCACUCACGCAUUUUAAAUAAUAACAGUCCCAUCUAUCGAUCCGUUUUACCUGUAGCCAGCAAAUCCUCUAGUCAUAUUAAACCAGUCAAACAACCAUCGUUUCAUAAUGAUGGAGAGGAUGUUAUCUUUGAUGAAGUUGAAGAUGAAGACGUAGAAGAAGAACGUAUGAUGAUGAAUCAACAAGAUAACAGAGCAAGAUCGCCUAGUAUUAAUAAAGGGUCUGGAGGAUCAAUUAUGUCUACACAAACUUCGAACUUUUAUUCUUCUACUAGUACUCAAGAAUUCAAGGUUGUUAAGGAAGGUUGGCUCUAUAAAAAGAAUGGAUUAAUGCAAUGGAAACCUGUAUAUGCUGUAGCCAAACAUGGUAAUGCCAUAAAACCAGGAGGACUGUAUUUAUACAAAGAUAUAAAGUGUACAAAUCAUAUCCAUACUUAUGAUAUGAGUGAAGUACUUGAAAUAUCACCUCGUGCACAAGAUUAUAAACAGGGUAUUAAAUGGGAAUUCCGUAUGCUGAUUAAAAGAGAUGACAUCAUUUUGGCUACGGAUGAUAUGCUUUCACGGAAGGACUGGAUUGAAUCCCUUACCUCUAUUAUGGGUAAAGUCUCUAUUGCUACACAAAAUGAACUCACAUCUCGUAUACAAUCCUCUGAACAAAUGAACCGAAAUCUUCAAACUGUGGCUGAGGAACUGGAUGCUGAAAAUGCACAACUGAAAGAGCAAAUUAUGGGCCUUAAAGAAGCGGCUGCUAAAAGAGACAAGUUCUUUCAACAAGAAUUACAAAAUCGUGAGAAUGAAUUAAAGGAAGUGUUUGCAAAGAAGGAAAGACAAUUACAUCAAAGACUUGAGGAACGAGAGGAUGAGUUAAUAACUGAGAUGGAUCGUCAAAGACAGGCUUUAGAGACAAAAUGUGAGAUAUUUGAGCGUGAGGCGAUGCAAUGGAGAAAUAAAUAUACAGAGAUAAUGGAAAAGAGGACGAAAUCGAUGGAUUCAUCACAAGAGAUUGAGUCCCUUGAGAUUGAAGUGAGAAAGUGGCGUAAUCGGGUGGAUGAACUAGAAUAUCAAUUAAGACAGGCAAAAUCAUCCCAGGAAACAACGAGAUUAAGAAAUACUUCUAAUUCCUCUUUGGAUAAUAAUAAAGAUAAUAAUGGUAUCAAGGAAACGAUAACAGACGUCAAAUUUAAUUUGCAAUUUUUGCGUGACCAGCUCAAGUCUUCUUCUAUCACAGAUGAUUCUCUUUCAGAUAUCAAGUCAAGUAUUGGUAAAUUGUGUGAUACCUUGGAUGAAGCUAAAUCAGGAUGGUCUGAACUUCAAAGUGAUAUUAUUAAAUUCUUACAAACUGAAAAGGAAGACAUCGAUAUGAAAGAUGCAAAACAAAAGCAUAUGUUUGAUCUUCUUCAUCAUGAAUUUCUUGAUCUACGUGAAGAGCUUGUUGGUGUCAACUUGUUGAACAAUAAAGAAGAGAAGGAAGUGAAAGGAGAAGGAGAAGAAGAAGGAGAAAGUCUAAUGAAAGCUAAGAAAUUACCCUCGCUCUCUGAAAAGUUUGACAUUUUAAUUGAAAUGAUAGAACAUCUUCAAGUAAACCAAUCUCGAAUUUCCACAGCUAUUAUGGAUAAUCAUAGCUCUACAGCUAGUACAACCUCAACUGACAGUAUGCCUGCAACGCCUACUUUAACUUAUGCAGAUAAAGAUUCGGACCUUUAUAAGGCAGUCACAAGUCAACAACAACAAUUAUCGGAAUGGAUUAAAGAAUCACGAGAGAUACAUCAUUCUACUCUAACCACAAUUGAAAAUAGUCUAAAACAAACUCGUCAACUUCCCUCCGCACCUACUGAUAUCAAUCGUUUACAUGACAAGAUAUCGCAAACGAUUGAAGCUGCUAUCCAUGAACUUACGAAGACCCAACAAGAGGGACAAGAUGAACAAAUGAAGAAUAUUAAAGUGAUUGCAACAGCAAGUGAUUUGAAUGAUAAUGAUAAGUUGACUCAAUUAUGCAUCUUUGUUAAAAACACAGAAACAUUUAUGGAACGCUCAUUACGUAUUUUAUCUCGCUAUGGUGGUGAUAAUAAUGCGAAUAGUAUGGAAGAGACCAUUCGUCGAGCCGUCAAGGGAGCCUCUAAAGCCCAUCUAGAAGAAGUUUUAGCAAUUCAAGAACAGAACAAGGAUGAACGUGAAUUAAUAGAGAAAAAGAUGCAACGUUAUGAAGAAAACGCUCGGAAUUACUUUGAAAAGUCGAUGGAAAAGGUACAUACAGAUCUUCAUGAGUUUACAGGUGUCAUGUAUGAAAUGUUGGAACGACUUGUGUUGAAGGCCUUAGAACAUUCACCGGGGGUGACUGAUUCAGAUGAUAAUUCGAUCCAAAGUGUAAUGGAGCUUUAUGGUAAAUUAUCAGGAAUGAAUCAAGCUUUGAAAGCAGAGAUUAAACGUCUACAAGGGGAAAAGGAAGAGCUUGAAGCUGAUGUGAAGGCUAUGAAAAAGACGAGUAAAGAGCUCGAGAGAGAGAUCAAUGAACGUCAUGUAGAAUUACGAUCUAUUACUGCAGAAUAUGAAAGAAUGAAUAGGAGUAUUCAGAGAUCAAGAUUAGAAGACGCAAGUGAUUUAGCCAAAGAAUUAGAGCCCCUCAUGCAACAAAUUGUUAAGCUUCGGAAGUUGGCUUCUUUAAAUGAUGAUUUUUCUGAUAAUGGCAAUUAUGUUAAUCUCGGUCGGGAAAUAAAGCCAAAGCCAACAAGAUCAAAAUCACCAUUGCCUUCUUCUUCAAUGAAUCGACGUUCACGUUAUGAUGAAACAGAUAUAGAACGUAAUGAAGAUAAUUAUGAUGAGGAGCAAGAAAAUUCUGUUCGCAAGUUACGUUUUCCGUCUAUGCUAAAUAAUCGUAAUAGAAGAAAUUCUUUUACAUCACAAUAUUCAGAUAAUAGUGAGCAAGCUUCUUAUACAAGUAAUAGUAGUAGCAAUAGUAAUAAUCGACACCAUGAUCAACAAUCUAUUAAAUCACCUUUAAUCGGAAGCCGACCUAGAGCUAAAAGCCCGCUUUCUUCUUAUUUAGGACGUAAAUAAGUUAGCUACCAUAUACCAUCUUUUCUUUUACUAUUUAAUUUAUACAUAUAUAAAUAUGUUGUUGAUAUCAAAUGAACCUCUUCCCUCUUCUCCAUUCUUUUUAUUAUUAUUGUAUAUCUGUAUAAAAAUAAGUUUUCA